AUGAUUAGACGUCCUGCAUUUAAGUGUUUGCGUUACCUUUGUCUUCUAAAGGGACAAUAUGAAAAGCAAUGAACCUCCAUUUCCAAAAAAGUCUCAGAUAAUCGAACUGCCAACUGACGGGCCUACAUGUUCACAUGGUCCUAUGUUAAAAAUAGUUGAUCAGACCUCCCGUUCGUUUCAUUAUGCUUGUUCGGCAUUUCGUGAUAAAGGUGAAUGUGAGAAACAGGACUUGUACCAGAGUAACACUUUAAGAAACUGGUCAUCGGAAGAUAUUCUUGGGAUAAGUCAGUCAGAUAGAGCCUAUUGUUACACUUGUGAUUGUUUGUUUUCAUUGUCACUGAGUGGACAAAAGCAUGAAGUGCACGAGUAUAGGAAAAACUUAUCAGAUAAUCUAUUGGGAAUGCCAUCAUACCUGCUAAAACCGCUGGAAAAUUCUAAGGCUCAUGCACAAUAUUUUUUUUCUUUAGACACUUUGAAUCGACUGUACUCCAUCAUUCAAAAACUUUCAGUAGACUAUGUCAUCUGUAUUGGUUCACCACGUCUACAUGACUUCAUCCAACUUCAACAUAUACAUAGAGGACAAUUAUUGGACUCAUAUUUAUUAGAUAUGGACAUUCGGCUGUCUAGUUUCUAUCAUCCACAUCGUUACUCACGAUAUAAUAUGGUAAACGGAUUUUUCUUCAGUCGAACGGAAGAAGAAAAUUUUCAUCAUUUCAUCAAAAAUAAUAUAAAGCCUGAUGAUAAAUGCUCCAUAUUUUGUGAUCCUCCAUUCUCUGCACCAUUGUCAUUAAUUGUGAAGCAGAUCAAUUCAAUAAUACAGUAUAUUUCAAGCUUCCAAAUUACUAAAAAUAAUUGCAAGAGUUUAAAUCAAAAUGAUAUUCCAUAUCUGCUAGUCCUCCCGUUUUUCUUCGAGAAAAAGCUGCAAAAGAUUGCCCCAUUUUUAAACUUGCUGGAUUAUAAAAUCACUUAUGAAAACCACUCAAGACUGGAUUGUGAUAUCACUGAUAAUCGAAACCACAGGGAUUUAACUAACAAAAUUGGUGAUCAUUCAAAUAGAGGACAGAGGCGCGACUCAAUUGUUCGCUUGUUUACAAGUUUACUUCCUUCUUUGGUCCAUCCACCUAAAUCAAUAGAGAAAUGUUUCAGGUUUUGUGAAAUUUGUCAACGUUAUUCGCACAUAACAAAUCUACACUGUCCUAAAUGUGAUCGUUGCACAACUAAACAUGGACCAACCUAUGUACACUGUGAUAAAUGUAAUCGUUGUAGACCUGCAAAGAAAUUUCAUUGCGAUCAAUGUAAACAUUGUGUAUCUAUCAAUCAAUGCGUUCAUCAAUCCAAACGCAAAAAGCUCUCUUACAAUACAUCUGAUAAUUUGUAAUCUGUUCCGUCAUCCUACAUCUUCCAUGAGAUCCUUGUACUUUAAAUUUAGGAAAAAAAUGACCAACUGGAUUAUCUUGUUGAUCUUUAUUCAUUCUAAUUGUGAUUAAAGCGUAUAUUCUCUGUUGUUGUUGUUGGGUGUAUGGUCGUGGUAGUAUUUUGUUAUUAAGUUUAACAAAUUCCCUAAUGAUGCUAACAAAUGUUAAUGGUUCUUAUUGUUUUAAAUAUUUUCUUAUAUGUUUUAUCAUUUUCUCAAUGAUAGUUUAUUAUUAUUAUUAUUAUAAUAACAAUUUUAAUUCAUUGUAUGAUAUAAUGAUUAUUUCAAAUGAAGAAUAUACAAGAAAAUUUCAACAAUCAUAUUAUCAAUUACCUUUGUAUAUGAAUAAACAUUGUACAUAUUCUACAUGUUUCAAUAUUAGUAAUUGUGUUCGUGAAAUUAUUGACAAAUCAUUACAUAAUAUUAGAAUUUAUAUUUAUCCUUUAAAUGAUAGUUUAAUGUUUACAAGUUUUAGUCAACAAUUUAUUUCCUUAUAUAAUACCAUUAUAUCUAGUAAAUAUUAUGUGAAUCAAAUUGAAGAAGCAUGUAUUAUUAUCCCAGGAUUAGAUUUAUUAUAUGCUUAUCCAGAUGAUAAUCAAAUGAUCGAUUUAUCUAUGCGUUAUUUACAUCAUUUGCCAAGCUGGAACGAAGGGAAAAAUCAUUUAAUUAUUAAUUUUCUUUCAAAUGAAAAAUUAAAAUAUACAGCUUCAGCUGUUGUUGCCAGUGCUAGUCAUACAAGUUUAACGUUCAGAUCGAAAUUUGAUAUAGUUCUACCGGCAUUUAAUCCAUUGACUGCUGUAGUGAAUCAACGUAUUCAUGAGAGACGUACUAUUUUUUUAAUUGUUUUCCAAUCAACUGAUCAAAAUUUGAUCUACCAAGUGCAAUACCUCCUAUUAGAUUCUCGCACGUCAAAUUCAAAUUUAGUGCGCCCCAUACUUGUUCUAGACUCUUCAUCAAACCAAUCUAAUACAACCUAUAAUCAACGUUUUGUGCUAGUAUCUGAAUCACCAUAUCGUCAAGGUGUGGAAAAAUGGAUAGACUAUUCGGAAUCAUUGUGUUCUAGUGAAUUUUGUUUGAUCAUUGAUGCGGACAAUUUAAACCGUUUUAAUUUGUAUGAUAGUCUAGCUUGUGGUUGUAUCCCGGUGAUUGUCAAUGAUGAUAUUGUUUUACCUUUCUCAGAAGUUCUUGAUUGGUAUAAAAUUGCUAUUCAUAUUCCACAAGUUAAAUUUCAAAAGAUUCCAUCCAUCUUAUCAACAUAUUCAUCAAAAGAAAAAUCUCUCCUUCGAAAACAGAUAAUGUUUAUUUAUCAACGUUAUUUUUCAUCAAUAGAGAAAAUUAUAUUGACCACUUUGGACAUAUUAAAUGAUCGUGUAUUUCCUCAAUAUUCACGGUCUUAUGCUGAAUGGAAUUAUCCUAAUUAUUCUAAGGUUGGACUACCUAUAUCUCCAGUAUUAUUUUACCCUGCUAAAGCUUUUACACGUACUGGAUUUACUGCUCUCAUUCGAGCUCAUAAUCAUUUCACAAUACUUUGUAUUUUGUUAAAAUCGAUUCAGUCUGUAAAAUCCUUGAGACGGAUUGUUGUUGUAUGGACAAAUAAAAUAUAUCCAGUUCCUGAUUCUACAUUAUGGCCAUCUUUAAUAGUUCCUUUAAAUGUAGUUCGUUCAGCUUAUGGUUCAGUGAAUGGUCGAUUUUUUCCUUAUCGACAAAUAAUAACUGAAGCUGUUUUUUCUAUUGAAGAAGAUACAUGCUUACCGUCGGUUGAGUUAAUCGAACGUGCAUUUGAGUUAUGGUGCCAAAAUCCUGAACGAUUAAUAAGCUUAUCCGAUCAAUCCAUCUGGAAUUUAUUUGAUAAUAAUCAAUCCUUUUCUGCUAGUUUUUCAUCAGUGUUUUUCCAUAAACAUUAUUUACAUCUGUAUACAGAUCUUUUAGCAAGUUCUGUCAAAGCAUUUAUAGAUGAUUUAGAUACAUGUGAAGAUAUCUUCUUUUAUUGGUUCAUUAUACAAACAUCUAAUGGUCAGUCGGUGUUGAGCACCAGUGGCAGUAACCGUUCAUCUACAAACAAUUAUUCAUCUAAUCUGUAUAAUUUAUCAAAUGAAUGUAAUAUUACACCGAAACAUUGUUCAUUUCAUGUAAGUCGAUUGAAAUCUUUUGUACAACAAUUUGACAGAACAAGUUAUUAUCCAAUGAAAAUUUCUCAUAUAACAGCUGGUGCCUUAUAA